AAGUUGCGUGCUCGUGAGAACGAGGCUGCUCACUCGAUCCAGGCUGCUUAUCGUAUACACGCCUCCCGAGGAUUCAUGAAGGCAAUGAAGCUGGCUUUAGCGUCACAAGUGAAACGAGUGAAAGCUGCUACAGAUAUUCAACGCUUGAUACGAGGCCAUCGUGGACGAGGUGAGGCAGAGCUUCGGAGAGAGCUACAACGUUUCCGUCAUCAAGCAAAACCAUUAUUCGCGAAAGAAACACGUUUCCAGUCGCUGGUGUCUGAUUUGAAUGAUAAAGUUGAGCAGCUUCAACGCAAAAUCACUGUCGAUGGAGCUGAAGAGCGCUCGUUGACACUAGAACUCGAGAAAACGCUUCAGAUCAAGACAAAAUAUCACGAUUCGAGCCGUAUCACCGGAACACCACAACGUUAUCUAACGCAAUACCUUCAAGUUCAGCUUGCGGAUCAGCUUCGAGCAAAGCGAACCGAGAUCGCACUUGAUGAUCGGGCGUACGAGACACUGACGACAAGUCUGAACGACGCUCAGAAACAGUUACGGGCUGUUAGGCGAGAGCUUGAACCUUUAACCGAGGGAGUCAUCAAGAAAACUCGCGAAAAUCGAGUGAAGAGACUGCAAGAUAAAGUUCGACACGAACGCCGUGCGGCAAUUACUAUUCAGAAGAUAUUCCGCGGUUUUCGCGUAAGAGCAGCAGUUCGAGAGGGAGGAAAUUGCUGGAUUCCAAUGGUGUCGCCCGAUAAUGGUCGACCCUAUUACUACAACGCGCUGACAGGUGCUACACGAUGGCAUCGACCACUAGCAAUGGACAUUUUCGGAGAUCAAUUUGCAGUGCCCUUGACGGAAUCUAUUGAAGUACCUGCACCUGCAACCAAUAAUGUUGAUCAACCUCCACAUAGUCACCGCAGUUUUUCAGAUCGACAAAGUACCAGUGGGGACAGACAGCACUCCUCGUCAUGUAAUUGGUACGAAGCUUUUGAUGACAUGAUUCAAGCUCCGUACUACUUCAACAGCCAAACCGAGGAAUACCAAUGGGAUAAACCCGAUGCUAUCGAUAACGCGUACUUUACCGACAGUCAGACCUCUCGCAAGCGGAAGGAAUGGCUCGAAGAGCAGCUUCAAGAUCCCGAAGGUUUGAUUGCAAGUACACAAAUCCGUUUACCUGUGUUAGGACAGUGGGAAAGACGAGUCGAUGCGCUGACCGAGUACAUUAUCUUUUAUCAUCCACCGACAGGGGUGAUCAAAGCAUCGCUGUCACCUCGAAGUGUCCAUGCAUCACUCGGCGACACUACAAUGAACUCACGGCGCUCUGCUCGCAGUAUCGGAACCUCUCGCUCGCUUCAUUGGCAGUAUCGAUAUGGGUACGAAUAUGACGCUAACGGAAAACUUGUCACGAGUUCGAGAUCUGAGUCGCGACCCAUUUGGACUGAGCACACCGAUCCAGACAACGGCAUGACCUACUAUUACAACAUACUUACUAACGAAUACCGAUGGGAAAAACCUGAAGACUUUGACGUCAGCUACGAAGCGUUCGCCAGCGGACGCAGUGCCAGUUCUUCGGCUCGUAAAUGGUUCGAGAUGGCUCAUGAAAAGGUCAAUGACGAUGGCAGCAGCUCUCUCACAACUCGAUCGUCAAAGUCACGCAUUCUUGGCAAAAAAUGGGUCGAACUUGUUGAUCGAGAGACUCAAAACACCUACUACUACAACGAAGUAACAGGAGAAUCGAGGUGGUCUCUUUCACCUCGCAGUGCUCGCGACACUUCCGACACGGAAGAUCAAAUAUCCUUGGCUUUGUUCACGCAAGUGAAGCAACUUCGUGAGUCUCCAGUGCCAUAUUCAUCACGAGACCAGCAUAUGAGCUGGCUGGAAGCAGCCAUCACCGAGAAGGACUGGGUAAAAGCUGAUGCGAUCGUCCAGCAGAUUUUUAUCCGCGAACAGAGCCAAGUAGUGACUGAACGAAAGGCAAGAGAGGAAGAAGAGAGGUUAUCUGCAAGCUCGAGCAAUGGCAUUAUUCAGGCUACCUCUGAUCUAACUCCAAGCACUUGGAUUGAGUACCGAGACGAAAGCAGUGGCGCCAUGUACUACUACAACCAGGAAACAGGAGAGACAAGCUGGAGCCAACCGUCAAUAGCAGCAAGUCAAUGGCAAGAGAUGCAGGACAGCAACGGUACUACAUACUACUACAACCCCGUGACUGGCGAGACUACAUGGUCAAAGCCAGACAGCUAGAACCAAAUACACUAAAACUGCUAACUUUAUUCAGCAGUACAACUA